AUGUUAUAUUUAACUUUAGCACAUAAUAAAACAGUGGAAAGAUUAUUAUCAGUCACAACUGCAAAGUGUCAAGGAUAUAAAAUGAAUAUUCCUGCAUUGGGCAUUUGGGGAACUGUGGUAUCACUAACAUUGUAUAUAUGGUUAAAAGAAGCAAAAAGAUUAGCGCAAAGUACUGGUGGUAUUUUAACAAUGACAGCAUUCUUAUUAUCAUCAAUAGCAGCCAUUAGAGUUGGACUUAGAGCAGCAAUGACAAGUUUCCCAGGUUUAACACCUUUCGAAGGAAGUAGUGCUGUAGUAAUUGCAAUUAUAAUUGGUGCAUUACCAUUAAUACCCUAUUGGUCUGUUUCCGAAUGGUCUAGAGCUUUAUUAUCUGGUUAUUUAUCUAUAGUAGUUUCAAUGAUUAUUAAUUCUUAUUUUUCUUGGAGAAAACCUCAUCCAAUGUUAUAA